CUAUGUGUGGCUGUAUGCCUCUAUGCUAGGUUACCUGCCGCCAUUUUAAUAUCAUUGUGUUGUUUUGAUUUGAGUUGAGUGCCGGUUAUCUUGUUUUCUCCUCCCAAUUUUGGUUGAGUUGAGGUUCUUGAGAAGCCAUACUCCUCGGGUCAUACAGUGCAAUAGUCCUAGUUACUUUAGUGAUUGGUCAUCAAUCAUGGCAUUUCGAAAGUGUUGUGUUGGUGAUUGCGAAUCUACAAGUAACUCUCAUAAACUGUUUUACAUGCCCCUAAACGAUAAUUUAAGGAACUUGUGGUUGUCAUUCCUAAUUCCUACAAACCCUAACUUACUUGGACUCACUAAAAAUCAGUUAAGGAACAAGUUUGUUUGUGACAAGCAUUUUGAUAGAACACAGUUUGAUGAUCGUGGAGUCAGGAAUCGUUAUUCAUAUCCCUGUCUGUUUACGCGGACAGAGAUACUGCACGGCGUUCCACUUAGUACUGAGGAGUACAGAGUGGAAAAGGAGCACAACUACUGUGGGGCCCAAAUUGAGGAUGACAAUCAUACUCAAACUAUAAACAUUGUUAAGGGCAUGCAAGGUGAUGUUCAUUUAAUUGAUCAUUCAUAUUCACUACCAUCAACAAGUGGAACAACAAUUACUUUAAAAAUUCAGAGUGAAGAUGUUUAUCUUCAAGACCAUCAGCCAUCGCCCCGUCAACCAGCCAAAUAGCAAUAGCUUCAGAAU